AUGAUUAACCGCGCCAAGCUGUUGCAACGUGCUGCCAAGGUGGGCGCCGGCACUCUGUUAGGCGGAUCAGUGCUGACGGGUACCACGGCCUUCAGCAGCGACCAGAUUGAAGCUCUGCACUACGGGUUUGACUAUCAGGGUCCACUGUCCUCGUUCGACUACGCCAGUGUGCGUCGCGGAUAUCAAGUGUACCGUGAGGUUUGUGCGUCGUGCCACAGCCUGGACCGCAUCUGCUUCCGCAACUUGGUCGGUGUGACCCACACCGAAGAGGAACUCAAGGCAAUUGCGGCUGAUACGGACGUCACUGAUGGCCCUAACGACGAGGGCGAGAUGUUUGAACGGCCCGGCAAGCUGUCAGACCCUCUUCCACGGCCGUACGCUAAUGACGAGGCUGCUGCUGCUGCCAACAAUGGUGCCAUUCCGCCUGAUCUCUCGCUGAUGGUCAAGGCGCGUCAUGCCGGUGCUGAUUAUCUGUUUGCGCUUCUGACGGGCUAUGUCGACCCACCUGAAGGAAUGGAACUGCUAGAUGGCCUGCACUACAACCCAUACUUCGGCGGGGGUGCAAUUGCCAUGGAGCGUCAGUUGCAGGACGGCCAGAUCGAUUAUGAGGACGGCACGCCAUGCACAACUUCGCAGAUGGCUAAGGACGUGUCGGUUUUCCUUGCAUGGGCUGCUGAGCCCGAGCACGACGUGCGGAAGAAGCAGGGCAUGCAGGCAGUCAUUGUUCUGGCGGCGCUGUGCGGACUAACUGGAUACUACAAGCGCCUGAAAUGGGCGCCACUCAAGACCCGUAAAAUUACGUACACCAAGUAA